UGAUUUGAAAGUGAGACUUACAAGAUUGUAGGAUCACCACAUGACCAUUUCUUCAUGCUCCAAAUAUAAACAUUGCUCAACAAAAAUACACCAAAAAACUCUUUCUCUCUCUGUCUUCUCUAUAGCCAUCGUUGCAUUCUACUCCAAGCCAACGGUUGAAAUUGUGUAAGUUCUUAUUAGAUCAACAAGAACUUAUUUUUUUGGUAAGAGGAAACAAAAUUAAGAUGGUUUUGGAAGAUGAGAUGAAGAAAGGUGAAGCGUCAGGAGAGACAUCAGAGAAAAUGGGGUUAAGCAGAAAGAACAGUGGGAGCUCUUUGUCUCCGACAGAGGAUGAUGAAGAAGAUGAAGACAAGAAGCUCGAACUCGGUCCCAUGAUCGCUCUCAAAGAACAACUCGAGAGAGACAAGGAUGAUGAAAGCCUGAGGAGAUGGAAGGAACAGCUUCUUGGCGUCGUGGAUUUGGAGGAUGUCGGAGAAACACCGGAUCCAGUAGUAAAGAUACUAGAUCUCACAAUUAGAUCACCAGACAGAGAGGAAAUGGUAUUGACAAUACCCGAAGAUGGGUUGCCAAACCCGAAAGGCCCUUGGUUUACGAUAAAGGAAGGUUCUAAAUACACACUUGUCUUCAACUUCCGUGUCACAAACAAUAUCGUUUCGGGCCUUCGCUAUAACAAUACCGUGUGGAAAACCGGUGUUAAAGUGGAUAGUACAAAAGCAAUGCUUGGGACGUUUAGUCCUCAAGCUGAGUCUUACCAACAUGUAAUGCCUGAAGAAAUGACACCGUCUGGUAUGUUUGCUAGAGGAUCCUAUUCCGCAAGAACUAAGUUCAUCGAUGACGAUAACAAAUGCUACUUGGAGAUCAACUACACCUUCGACAUCCGCAAGAGUUGGCAAUGAUCCACCGUAUAUACAUUCUCCCAAAGUCUAAAUCAAUGCUCGUUUGAAUAUUUGAUCAUCAAUAUCUAUUUAAUCUUACAUUCGAUUUUCAAGACUAGAAAAAUGAUUUAGCUUUUGAUUAAAUGAGCAGAAAUAAGAGACCGUUUGUGUAUUUAUGGAAUUUACUCUUCACUUUUCUUGUAAGUAGACCGUUUUUUGGGCACUAUUAAUUUGAAUGUAGGUAGAAUAACGGUCAUAAACAUAAACAAUUCUGUCAAAAUGAAUACAAACUCUUAGAAGAAUUCAGCCUACAAUUCUUUUGCCUUGCCGAAGAAAAGGAGAAAACAGAAAAGAGGAUAACAACAAUAAACAACAACACCUUUUAAGGAUGGUCCCAAAUUACAUGAAAGAAAUUAAAAAGACAAUGUGAGUUCUACAGUGAG